GGGUUACUCUUUACAUUGACCAGUUCUGUAUUAUGAUUUUGCCCUAAAGAACUGAAAAAACAACUGUUGGUGCUGACACUUCUUCCAUUCUUAUAAUUACUCAGUCGGUGCCACAAGUUUUUAAAGGAUUUUUAAUUGGCCAUUCUCAAGAUUCUAUCUUUUGUAGUUUAGUUUUCUAAAGAUCAUCAAUGACACAGGUUUAGCAUUGCUUUUGACAAGAUAUUUAUCCAAACUUGAUAGAUGUUAAUAGUUCCUACCAUUGUUUAUUAUUUAUGCAUAUAUGUUUGUCUCGUCAUUUAACAUUCAUAAUAUUGUGAGUUUGUCUCAUAAGUUCAUAAAUACGAUUUAUUAUAUGAAUAUAUUUGUGCCUUGUAACUGCAUUCCAACUGCCUAUGUGUUCUGAUUGGGUUUAUUAUUAUGCUGCUUCUUAAUUCUUAGUACUAUCUUUGUGAACUAUCAUACUCUUCAUGAAAGAUAUGGCAGGUUGUUGAAACCCAAUAAAUGCUCCACCAUUUAUGUGCUAAAUUAUUAUGAGUAUUAAUGAAAUGAAAGUUGAGAUGAUGAGGAAGAUAUGAGUAAUUUCUGCUUAAUUUGGUGCCUUUGAUUGACCAGAAGCUUAGAAAUUUUGAACACGAUUUUAACAAAUCAUCCUCUUGUUUGUUACAUAUUUUGUCCAUUGUAACUUCUGAAUCUUCAGUUUCAUUGGGAUCUUGUCUUCCAUGCUCUUAUUUAUCCAAAAUGUCAGUAUAGGUGAUAUGCCAUUGCACUGCUGCCCUGCAUGCUAUUCGUUAUUACUAUCCUGAGGACCAUCCAUCUUCCUGUUCUAUCUGAUCUCCUGUUGUUCCACCACCUCAGCCUGCUAUAAUCUUUCCAUAGUUUGGAUUUAAAGUUCAAUGUGCUAGUGGUUAACUCAACGUGUUUGUUGUGAGUAUUUUUGAUAUAAGACAUUUCCUUCACAAGUUCUGUUGCAGAUUUACAUAGUUUAACAGAGAAGAGAUCAUUGAUAAAAAGUAUGCAUGCUUUUCCAGAACUUGUUUAUGCUCUGUACUUUCAAGAUCUACAACAGUGAAAACUGAAGACUGGAUCUAUCUACUGAAUUUGAAUUGGAUGCUUUGUUCUAUGAUUUAUUGGAUUUCAUCACAUAAAGAUGUGACAGCUGUUUUUUCACAUUUAAACUGCGACUGCUCGUCAGUUCCUCUGUAAGUUUGUUCUAACUUUAGUUGGUUCUUUUGCUUCUCAUUCUAUUUGGUGAACCUGUUUCUCAUCAGUGAUUUACCAUUUGCUUCUUAUUAUGUCAACUUGUCAUUUGUAGCAUAGUACCUCUGUUAUGACCGGCAUGCAAUAUCAGAGGCGCCGGCCUAGUAGUGGCUAGUAAGCCUGGCUUAUGCGGUAAGGGCUAAAGGCCGAAGUAUUUAUAUUUAUUUAAUAUUAGAGAUAUUAUUCUUCUUUUUAGAUGAGAGGUAUAAAUACUUGUAAGACUCUUGAGAUUGGAUUUUUAAGCAGAAGCAACUUAUUGUUGCCGGCUUCCUGAAGGAAGCCGGGAAAACCCUAGCCACCCCUUGUCUUCUUCCUCUCACGCCCAGCACGGCUCCUGUCCGACGUCCUCGACUUCGUGCACCGGCCGUUCACCCCUACAACCUUCGCCCUAAACCCCACAGGACCCGAUCUCCUAACAAUCUGGUAUCAGAGAUGUUAGGUUCCCUUCCCACCACCACCCUGCCGCCACCACCUUCGAUCACCCAGCCAUCGCCAAUGGCCACCACCGCCCCAUCGCCAAUGGCCACCACCUCUGCGCUACUGCUACCUUCCACGGGGGUUUCGCCGCCCUUUUCCCCGGCUGUGGCAGGGUCGGCUGCCCCGACGUUUGUGUCUUCGUCCGCCCCUGUCAUGACGAUGGAGCAAGUGACGGUGUCCAUCCUGGACCUCGGCCAGGCCGUGGUAGGAAUCCACUCUUUCCUCGUCGGCCAGUACGCACCCCCGCCGCCGCCGCCACCACCCUAAUAGCCGCAACUUCCACCGCCACCGUCAUCCGCGUUCGUCGCGGCGCCUACGCUCUACCCGUAUGGGGUGCCUUCCGAUGGGGCGCCUGCUGGGUCCAGCGCAGCGCUGCCACCAUCCACCGGCGUUCCACUCCAUCAGCUCUGCUUUUCGCCGUCCCCGUCGCCACUUCCGUCGUGGGCGCUCGGCGGGUCAGAGCGCUACACGACAACGCCGCCCCGACCACAUGUGCCGUCCGCGCCAUUUACGGGCGCCCCUGCCGGCCAUGGUGGCCCCCUUACCCCGGGCAUUCUCUACGGGGAGGGGGGGGGGAGUUGACGGUACCCUGCUCCAUGGGGGCAGCGUGCUCUCGCCUUCGCCAGCCGCUGCACCACCAUUCCACGACCCUUCCGAGGGUGCCCCAUCGGCUGCUGCUCAGGGGACUCACCCUCCCAUAUUUUACAAACUGGAGUUCUCGACUUAUGACAGCUCCGUCGAUCCCUACGAGCAAUUCUUUCGAGGCCAGCGUACCCUGCCAUCCGACCGUACCUGGCUUGCGUCCUACCACCUUACCGACGUCGCCUAGACGUGGUACUACGCUCUCGAGUUGGACAAGGGCAUGCCUCCGUGGGAGCGUUUCAAGGAGCUAUGUCGCCUCCGUUUUGGGCCUCCCGUCUGCGAACUCACUUGUCUGAGUUGGGCCGAUUGCCGUUUCUUUCCACAAUUCAGGAGUUCUCGGACCGCUUCCAAGCGGUGUUGUGCCAUGCGCAGGGCAUCUCGACGCACCAAAAGGCCGAACUCUUCGUCGAAGGCCUCCUGGAACACAUUCGGGUGGAUGUGGAGCUGUGCGACCCCCCGGAUCUCCAGACAGCCAUGCAUCUGGCCCGAGCCUUCGAGCGGCGUGCGGCUGCGGUGCUCCCAGCGCCCCCUCCAUGUGGUGCCCGACCCCCGCAGCGCCCGGGGCUACCAGCACCCCCGCGUGUGGCGGCCGUGGCGCCUCUAGCUGCUGGGGCGCCCAUUCAGCAGGCCCCAGCGAACGUAGCACCUCCGGCGUGGCCGUUCCGUCGUCUUUCGCCGGCCGAGAUGCUUGAACGCCGUCAACAGGGACUAUGCUACAACUACGACGAGCCCUACGUGCGUGGCCAUGUGUGCCCACUCCUCUUCUUUCUGGAGUCGAACGACUACGUCGACGCCGACGUGCUAGCUGCUGAGGACGAUGGGGCAGGUCAGCCAGCCCAGGAGGCGCCUGUUGAGGCUGCUAACGCCCUAGUGGUGUCUCUUCAUGCUGUUGCAGGGAUACGCAUCGAGAACACCAUGCUACUGCCCGUCAUGAUCAAGGAGCGCCUCCUCGCCCUCCUCGACACCGGCUCCACCCACAAUUUCCUGCAGAGCGCGACCAUGCGUCGUUUGGGGCUCUCUUCGACGAGCAGCGAUCAGCUGCGCGUCACCGUCACCAACGGCGACUGCUUGGCGUGCGUUGGCAUCGCUCACGAUGUGCCCAUCAUCAUCGGAGACGAGUCCUCCAUCUCCUGUGUUGGCCUCGAUUUGGGCUGCUUCGACUUCAUCCUCGGCGUCAAAUUCCUUCGGACCUUGAGCCCCAUCCUUUGGGACUUUGAGGCCAUGCCCCUGUCCUUUUGGCGCCAGGGCCAACAAGUACUCUGGAAGGGCGUGGGGGGUCCUAACACGGCCGCCCCGCAGCAACAUGUGGCUGCCAUCACCGCCGACCCCCAUCAGCCCCCGCUGGACCUUAGUCACCGGGAUCGCGGGUCGACGCGGCGAUCCUCGUUCCCGGGAACGUCGUCCCAAAUCGCGGAACGGGAACGCGCCGGGACGGCUACCGGAACGCCCACGGAACUCGACCCCGCCGCCCGCGGGAACUCGACCGCGCCGCCGUGGGAACUUGACCGCGCCGCCGCGGGAACGGAAGGCCAAGCGCCGCAUUGGGAAGAACAAGAAGUCGCGCGGCAGUCUGCUGCUGUGCUACAUCGGGGCAAGGUGAGGGAGGCGAAGCGCAAGCGGUCAGCACUCAGCCUGCCAGCAGCCCCCAUUAAUCAACAUCGCCAAGCGGUCAGUCUGUUGCACUUCUCCAUCUUCCUCGUGCCUCGUCCCUCUCUCUUCUCUGCUCCAGUUUUCACUUUCCAGUACCCAGUCCCCCCUACACUUCUCCCUCUCAUCUGUAAUGGCGUUCGGAUCGGGGUCUAGGAAGCGCAGGCGGUCCGAGGAUGAUGAAGACGUACACGCCGAGGCCGAUGGUGAAGACAUAGACGCCAGUGAGGAAGGGGUCAUCGAAUUCGACGAUGAAGAGGAAGAACAAGUUCAAGCAGCUGGUAAGAUAGAUCCUCUCAUCGCUGAAAUUACUAUGCUUGGAGGAGAAAAAGGAAAGAACGAUGGUGGAUCAAAGCAUUGGAGAUGCAACCAUUGCAAGAAGGCAUUCAAAAGUAGCUUAACCAGGGUUCGUGUUCAUCUUCUUGGUGCUCAACCGGGCAAGAAACCACAAAUUCAGCGUUGUCCUGUUCUCCUAAAUGAUGCAGCCAAGACCCGGGAAUUACGGGAUAAGGUUAAAGAAGCUGAAAAAUCUUCAAAAUCAGUGCAGCAGAAAGGGAGGCUGUUGAACAAUUCAUUAGCACAAGCCUUUGGUGCAGCAGAAAGGGAUGCUGUUGAUUUGAAAAUAAUGCAGUUCAUUGCAGCUAACGGCAUCUCUUUCAACGUCUUAAAAGUCCUCAUUAUUCUGAGAUGGUUACAGCUAUAAAUAAUGCUCCAAAGGGAUAUAAAGGUCCUGGCAGUGAGAAGGCCAGAACCACUCUCUUAGAUGCACUCAAGAGGAAUGUAGAAAAUGAUUUAUCAACAGUGAGAGAUACUUGGUUAACACAAGGAGUCUCUGUUGUGUCUGAUGGAUGGACUAAUAUUAAAGGCCAGCCACUGUUAAAUGUGCUUGCCUCAAAUAGCGUCGGUUCAUGCUUCUUAUAUGCAGAAGAUUUCUCUGGAAUUGAAAAAACUGGUGAAGCAAUUGCUGAGUUUUUAUUGAAAGCCAUUGAAGAAAUUGGACCCAAAAAUGUUGUUCAAGUGGUGACCGACAAUGCAUCAAACUGUAAAGCCGCAGGCAGAAAGUUCAUGAGCACAUUUUUUGGAGUCCGUGUGUAGUGCACACCUUGAAUCUCAUAUUCAAGGAUUUUGCGAGCAAAUUCCCAUGGAUGGAAGAUACCUACAAGGCGGGUAAAGCUAUUGUCAACUUUUUCCGGAGCCAUUGUCAUUGUCUAGCCAUGUUCAAAAAUAAUUCUCGUUUGGACCUACUGAAGGUGGCAAAAACUCGAUUUGCCAGCCAUCACAUUUUAUUGGAAAGGCUCCGUACGGUGAGAGAUGGGCUUACCACUACUGUAGUAACCAGACAAUGGAAAGAUUGGGUGAAAACCUGCAGUAGUGAUCAGCAGCAGCAAGCAAAGGCCAUUGUUGAUACAAUCAAUGAUGAAAACUUUUGGAAUGAGGUUGACAACUGUUACUAACCUUUGGAAUAAUGAAGUACAAGCCCUCCAGAGAUGGAGUCAUACAUAUAUAUAGAGAGCCCUUUGGCUAUAUAUAGAUAGAGCCGGCUAUAUAUAGAGCGGCUAUAUAUAGAUAGAGCCUAUAGAUAGGCCUAUUGACUAGAUCUGCAUCAUAUACUUAACACCCCCCUUCAAACUCAAGGUGGAAUUGGAGGAUCUGAAGCAUUGAGUUUGAUCAAGUGAAGCCGAUGUUGCUCUUGAGUUUGUGCUUUAGUGAAGAAAUCAGCCAGCUGCAGCUCAGAAGGCACAUAUCGAAGAGCAAUGGUCUUCUGAUGACAAUGAGACCGAGUAAAGAUGGCAUCAACACCAAUAUGUUUAGUUAGUUCAUGCUUCACAGGAUCAUUGGCAAUUUGUAUAGCUGCAGUACUGUCACAAAGAAGAGGUGUGGCAGCAUCACAAGAAACCCCAAAAUCAGCCAACAACCAUCGAAGCCAGACAAUCUCUGCAGUAGUAGUGGCAAGGGCUCGAAGUUCUGCCUCUGCACUAGAGCGAGAUACAACAGUCUGCUUCUUGGACUUCCAUGCAAUAGGUGAGGAACCAAGAAGAAUACAAUAACCGGUGAUGGAACAACGAUCUGUUGGAUCACUCGCCCAAGUGGAGUCCGAGUAAGCAUAGAGCUGAAGCGGACUAUUACGAGCAUAGAAUAAACAUCGAGAUGCUGUCCCCCUUAAGUACCGUAGUACACGCAGUAAAUGUCCAAAAUGAACAGAAGUAGGAGCACUCACAAACUGGCUCAAAAUAUGAACUGCAUGAGCGAUAUCUGGUCUGGUAACAGUGAGAUAAACAAGACUACCCACAAGAUGUCUAUAUCUAGAGGGGUCCGGAAGAGGUAUACCAUCAGUAGGACGAAGCUGCAGGUGAAGAUCCAUGGGUGUGGCAGUCGUUCGAUUGUCAGUGAGACCAGAACGAGCAAUAAGAUCUUGGAUGUACUUGCUCUGAGAAAUAUAGUAUCCACUGGAACAUUGCUUAACCUCAAUGCCUAAAAAAUAGCUGAGAGGACCUAAAUCAGACAUUUGAAAGUGUUCACCAAGCUUCUGUUUGACAAGAGAAAUAUAUUCCACAUCAUCACCCGUAAGCAAUAUAUCAUCAACAUAUAAAAGAAGCAAGGUACGACCACGUGAUGAGAGAUGAAUAAACAGAGCAGGGUCAUGAUCACUAGGUGUGAAACCAGCAGCCUUUAACACUGAUACAAAACGUUCAAACCAAGCACGAGGGGCUUGUUUAAGACCAUAUAAAGCACGACGAAGUCGGCAAACAUAACCUGGAGGGGCAUUAACACCUGGAGGUGGUUGCAUAUAAACUUCCUCAUUCAAAUCACCAUGAAGAAAAGCAUUCUUAACAUCCAUUUGAGAAAUGACCCAAGAAGAUGAUGCAGCCACUGCAAGUAAAGUACGAACUGUGGUCAUGUGAGCAACAGGGGCAAAUGUCUCUUCAUAAUCAAGACCCGCAGUUUGCUGAAACCCCCGUGCUACAAGACGUGCUUUAUAUCUUUCAACAGAACCAUCUGACUUGGUUUUAAUCUUGAAAACCCACUUACUGGUGAUUGGUACAGCAUGUGAAGGCAAUGGCACAAGUUCCCAAGUACCUUGAAGAUCAAGAGCAGCAAGCUCCUCAGACAUAGCAAGCUGCCACUCUGGAAUACUAGAGGCUUCCUGAAAAGUGGAUGGUUCCUGAACAACAGCACUCGCACGUUGAAAGCCCAACUUAUCAGGAGGAUGAAUAGUAGCACGAUUCCGUAGAUUAUAUGGUGGUGCAACCUGUGUCUCAUCAGAAAUAGCACAGGACUCAUCAUUGUUAGUAAAAUCAUCGUGGCUGGGAGUAUCAGGACUGGCCGAGGAAGUAGUUAUAGGAAUAGGCUGUUUAGGACGACGAGUGUAGGUCUUUGUAAUUGGUGGACGACGUGGUGGAGAUGCAAGAGGAUUGGGUGGCUGAUUAUCAAUAGGUGGUGGAGGUGGUUGAUUAUUUUGAGGAGGUGGCUGAUUGUCAAGGGUCUCAAAAGAUGAAUGAAUAUGGUUAAGAGGGCUGGAAGGUGACUCACAUUGUGGGGUGGCAUCAUCACUCACUGAAAUAGGAGGAAGAUACAGAAAAGAGGUGGACUCAGUGGGAGCAUAUGAUGACUUUGUACAGGUGUUAUAAAAGAAAGGACGGUCCUCAACAAAGGUGACAUCACGGGAGAUACGUAUGCGGCGAGAAGAAGGAUCAUAGCAACGAUAACCCUUAUGCUCAGGACUAUAUCCAAGGAAAACACACUCAACAGAUUGAGCAGUCAACUUUGUUCAUUCACGAGGGGCAAGUAAAACAUAGCAUAGACAUCCAAAGACUCGAAGAUGAUCAUAGCGAGGAGGAGUCCCGAAAAGAACUUCACCAGGACUCUUGCCAGACAAUUUGGACGAUGGUUGUCUAUUAAUAAGAUACACAGACGUGGAAACAGCCUCUCCCCAAAAGUGUGAAGGAACAAAAGAAGCAAUUAAAAGUGUGCGAGCUGUUUCUAUCAAAUGGCGAUGUUUGCGUUCAGCAACCCCAUUCUGAGCAUGAGCACCAGGACAUGAGAGCUGAGCAAGAGUACCCUCAGAGUCUAGAAACUGGCGAAAGGCAGCGGAUAAAUACUCCCCACCAGAAUCAGAACGAAAAACUCGAAUUGGGGUAGAAAAUUGAGUGUGUACCAUGCGAGCAAAGGUUUGGUAAAUAUUGCAUAAUUGGGACCGAUGUUUCAUGAAGUAAAUCCAAGUAUAACGAGAAUGAUCAUCAAUGAAAAUAACAUAAUAUUUAUGACCACCCUUUGUAGCAAAAGGUGCAGGACCCCAUACAUCGGAAUGAACAAGAUCAAAAGGUUUGGAAGCAUGGGAAUCACUAAUAGAAUAGGGGAGUUGUAUCUGUUUCCCAAGCUUACAACCUUUACAAUGAUAACUAGACUCGAUAGAAGUGGGACCUAAACAACCUUUAUUUAUUAAACUAGACAAACGAGACCCACAUAAAUGACCAAGACGAUGAUGCCACUUGGCAAAGGACGAGGGAGAUGGUGAUGGUGAUGAGGCGGCUGAUGACACAUGAGCGGAAAUGUGAGGGAGACGCAAGGUGUCAAGAACGUAGAGGCUAGGUGAACCGCUACGGCGAUGGCCAGUCCCAAGUACAGUCCCGGUUCGACGAUCCUGUAUAAAGCAAGUUGAGUCAUCAAAUCCAACAAAACAAUUAUGGUCAGCAAGUUGACCAACAGAGAGGAGGUUCAUAGACAACUUAGGUACAAAGGAGACAUCAGGAACAGAGAAAUAUGAAUUUGAAACAGAACCAUGAUGAGUGAUAGGACAACUUGUACCAUCUGCUGUCUGAACAGAAACACCAUCAACAACUGGUUUGCAGGCCACAAGCUGAGACUGAUCCAACGUCACAUGAAAAGAAGCCCCGGAAUCAAGCACCCAAGACGAAGAUGAAGAACCAGCAGUAGCAGCAACUGACAGAGAUCCUGAACCACCAGCAGCAGCAACUGACACAGAUCCUUUAGGAGUAGAUCCUGUACCACGACCCCUAGUGGUUCGAGCAGCGCGACGAGCACGAAAUUCAGCCAAUUUCUCUGGAUGGUGCACAAAACAAUUAUCUAGAGUAUGACCAGUUCUACCACAAUGCGGACAAGGCUCCUGCGAGGCACCCUUUGGUGUACUGAACUUCUGAGAAGCAGCCAGCACAUUAUGAGACACAUGUGUGGAAGAAGUCAGAGACCGGAGACGUGUCUCUUCAGCAAGCAAUUCUGACAGUGCCUUUGCCAUUGUUAGAGCAGAAGAAUCAUGAAGCAACCGAGUACGGAUGGAAUCAAAUUCCACUCUUACACCCAUGACAAAACGAUAAGUAAGAAAAUUUUCAAUAAACUUGUGGGCUGGACAAUCCUCAGCUGUACAGUCAGGCACCAUAGAGGUCAAGGAUCCCAUCAGACGCCCAAAAGCUGAGUAGUACUCAUCAACAGACAUGUCUUGCUGCUCAAUACUAUGAGUUUGCUGCAUAAGAGUGUGCAAGAGAGCACCACUGUCCUGGACAUAGCGUGCCUUCAAGGAGGACCAGAUAGCCUUGGCUGUUUUACACUUGGAUAGACUCAUAAUCAUAGAUUGCUUAGUACUGUUGAUCAUGGCAGCCAUCACCUUGCCAUCAUUCUUUUGCCAAGUUUUGACAUCAGCAGCAUUACUCCGAUCCUGCUGAAGCUUAGGAGGAUCAUCAGCUAGAUGAUCAAGGAGCUCAUGACCCCUUAAAGCAGUUUCCACACAAAAAGCCCACUCUGGGUAAUUCUGACCAUCAAGGGUAAUGUUGAUAACAAUAGUGUUGAGCUGCGAUGACAUGACUGAAGAGUUGUAGCAAACAAACAAGGGGAAGAAAAAUUGUUACCACCGUGACUGGAAAUAGCCUGAGAUGGUCUCUGCA